GCAUUAUUAUUACCACUCCCCUAAGCUCACUCUCGUGCCCCUCUCUCUCACUCCACUUCCUUACCCCUCAAGAAAUCUCCGCCCCUGUAUAAUCAUCAGAUAUCAAAAUCGGCGGAAUCAAAAUCGGCAGAGUCUUUGAACCUUAUUCUUGGAGGUCAAUCGGUGAUCGACGGCGGAGAUGAGCUGCAACGGAUGCCGAGUUCUGCGAAAGGGUUGCAGCGAGACUUGUAUACUGAGGUCGUGCCUGCACUGGAUCAGUUCCCCCGAAGCACAAGGCAACGCCACUUUAUUCCUCGCCAAAUUCUUUGGCCGCAGUGAUCUUAUGUCUCUCAUCUCCGCCGUACCGGAAUCCCAACGGCCAGCUUUGUUUCAAUCACUGCUGUUUGAGGCUUGCGGGCGAACGGUGAAUCCGGUAAACGGAGCGGUGGGACUGUUGUGGAGCGGGAACUGGCACGUGUGCCAGGCGGCGGUGGAGACGGUUCUUUCCGGCGGAAUUCUUCGGCCGAUACCGGCCAUCCUCACUGGAGUCUUCGCGCCAAAUUACGAUGAGUCAUCUGACAGUUUCUCUGCAGAGGCAUGCAAGUUACGAAACAUGUGGACCCAAUCGAAGCCGUACGCUAAUAUCACUAGGGAGAAUCAAGCGUCCGAUCUCAAUCUCUCUCUCACGCCAAAGCUUGUGGCGGCAGGUAGAACUGGGAGACAGAAGAGAGGCAGAGAUGCGGUGUCGUUUUACAGAGAAGAAUCGUCAGAGACGACGACUUUUGAGAGCAAUGGCAACGAUAGGAAGAAACUUUUGAAUCUGUUCAUUUGAAUGGAAAAAACAAAAGUUGGGGGGGGUGUUGAGGGGAAAGGGAGAAAGAGAGGGUUUUGUACUGUGAGUGAUCACCGUAGCGGUGUAAACUUUUUGUUUCUAUAUAAAUAUGAAGCCGGAAUUUUAGCCCGGCGAGUUUUUGGAA